GGCUGAGGUCGGAGUAGACCUGGGCGCUCGGCCGCCCGCACCCUGCUCAGGCCCGGCGGGGGGGCGGGGGCGGGGUUGGAAGGUGGCCCGGCGAGGGCACGGUCGCCGCAGGGCGCGGGGCGCGCCGGCGGGCGGGCCGGGUCACGUGACGCCGGAGGCCCGCCACCACGUGGGCCGGGCUGGGCGGCGCAGCUCCCUCGGGCCCCGCGGGUCCUGCGACGGCCCCGGGUCGUCCCCCCGGGCCCGCGGUCACUCCCUCCCCCUGACCCCGCGGUGCCCGCCCUCCCCCCCGGAGGCGGAGUCCCGACUGCAGCUCCCGGCGGCGCUUUCAGGGGACAGAUGGGCAGCGGGAGGCUUCGGGGGCUGCACCCAGGCUCUGAGCUGCCCUAGGGCUGCAGACUGGCUGGGCGUGGGCCCUAGACAUGGCCCAGCCGCUGCCCUUUGUCCUCAAUGUCCCUGAGCUCCCGGAGGACCAUGACCGGGAGCCCAGCCCGUUCGACGAGAGUGAAGUCCAUGACUCCUUCCACCAGCUCAUCCAGGAGCAGAGCCAGUGCGUGGCUGAGGAGGGACUGGAGUUACGGCAGAGGGGGCUGGGGGCCGCAGCCCCGGGGACCUCGGGCAGUGGCCGCCAGGCCCUCGUGGGGCCCGAGGAUGCUGCUGCCCACAGCACGGCCACGCUCCGCAUCCUGGCCAGCAUGCCUAGUCGCACCAUCGGCCGCAGCCGCGGGGCCAUCAUCUCCCAGUACUACAACCGCACGGUGCGGCUUCGGCGCAGGGUCAGCCGGCCCCAGCUCGGGGGCGUGGGGCGCUCGGCCCGGCCCAGCCUCCGCCUCUAUGACCUGGAGCUGGACCCCGCGGCCCUCGAGGAGGAGGAGAAGCGGUCCCUGCUGGUGAAGGAGCUCCAGAGCCUGACGGUGGCCCAGCGGGGCCACAUGCUGAAGGGAAUGCCCUUGGGCCUGGCCGAGAAACGCAGCCUGCGAGAGGAGAGCCGGACCCUGACGGGGAAGCACAGGGAGCAGCGGGGCCGGCGUGGGCUCCUCGCCUGCUGCGGUUGGCUCCGAGACACCUGCGUCCUGGCCCUGCACGGCCUGGGGCUCUGGCUGCUGGCGGGUCUGCACGGCCUGAAGCCCUGGCGCUACGCCCUGAAGCAGAUCGGAGGCCAGUUCGGCUCCAGCGUGCUCUCCUACUUCCUCUUCCUCAAGACCCUGCUGGCCUUCAACGCCCUCCUGCUGCUGCCCGUGCUGGCCUUUGUCGUGGGCGUGCAGGCCGCCUUCCCGCCACCAGCCUCCCCGGGCCCCGUCCCCGCCUUCACGGGCCUGGAGCUGCUCACGGGCGGGGGCCGUCUCACCCACACCGUCAUGUACUACGGCUACUAUGGCAACAGCACGCUGAACCCGCCGUGCGGGCCCGCCCCGGACGGCGGUCAGUGUGGCCGCGAGACCGACGGCCUGCCCUACAACAUGCCCCUGGCCUACCUCUUCACUGUGGGCGGAGCCUUCUUUAUCACCUGCAUCACCCUGGUGUACAGCAUGUCACACUCUUUUGGGGAGAGCUACCGGGUGGGCAGCACCUCGGGGGUUCAUGCCAUCACCGUGUUCUGCUCCUGGGACCACAAGGUGACUCAGAGACGGGCCUCCCGCCUCCAGCACGACAACAUCCGAACCCAUCUGAAGGAGCUGCUGGCCGAGGGGCAGCUGCGGCAGGGUCCCCGGAGCGUGUGCGGGCGGCUGAGGCAGGUGGCGGUGCUGGGCCUCGUGUGGCUGCUGUGCCUGGCGAUCACGCUGGGCUGCACCGUGGCCGUCUACGCCUUCUCCGAGCUCAUGAUCCAGAGCCCCGUGUCUGCUGAGCAGGGGGGGGCGCUGCUGGCCCUGCCGGUGGUGGUCUGCCUCCUCAACCUGGGGGCCCCCUACCUGUACCGCGGCCUGGCGGCCCUGGAGCGACACGACUCCCCAGUGCUGCAGGUGUACGUGGCCGUCUGCAGGAACCUCAUCCUCAAGAUGGUCAUCCUGGGAAUUCUUUGCUACCACUGGCUGGGCCGCAGGGUGGGCACCCUGAGGGACCAGUGCUGGGAGAACUUUGUGGGCCAGGAGCUGUACCGGCUAAUGGUGCUGGAUUUCAUCUUUAUACUGCUGGACACGCUUUUCGGGGAGCUGGUGUGGAGGCUCAUCUCCGAGAGGAAGCUUAAGAGGAAGGAGAAGCCGGAGUUUGACAUUGCCGGGAAUGUUCUGGAGCUGAUUUACGGGCAGACCCUGACCUGGCUGGGGGUCCUCUUUGCUCCCCUCCUCCCUGCCGUCCAGAUCAUCAAGCUGGUGUUCCUCUUCUACGUCAAGAAGACGAGCCUGAUGGCCAACUGCCAGGCGCCCCGCAGGCCCUGGCUGGCCUCCCACAUGAGCACCGUCUUCAUCUCGCUGCUCUGCCUCCCGUCCUUCCUGGGAGCCGCCGUCUUCCUCUGCUACGCCGUGUGGCAGGUGAAGCCCUCCAGCACCUGCGGCCCCUUCCGGACCCUGGACACCAUGUACGAGGCGGGCAAGGUGUGGGUGCGGCGCCUGGAGAAGGCGGGCCCUAGGGUCUCCUGGCUGCCCUGGGUCCACCGGUACCUGGUGGAAAACACCUUCCCCGUCUACCUGGUGUCGGCCCUGCUGCUGGCUGUGAUCUACCUCAACAUCCAGGUGGUGAAGGGCCAGCGGAAGGUCAUCUGCCUCCUCCGGGAGCAGAUCAGCAAUGAGGGGGAAGACAAAAUCUUCUUGAUCAACAAGCUUCACUCUGUCUACGAGAAGAAGGAGAGGAGCAGGGGUGGUAGAACCCAGGAGGCCGAGAGGCUCGAGGAGGAUCCGGACGCCCGCUAGGACAGCCUUGCAUCCGCUCACAAGUACCGCCCGUGCCCGUCACCCUACGUUUCCACGGCCCCGCAGGCAGAGACGCCAACCUGAGACGGUGCACGCACUGGACAACCCCACUGGGCUACAGGGAGGGUGAUAGGACUCUGCAGCCCAUCGAGGCUGGAGCUGGAGGGUGGGCGAGUGGGGCUGGAGCCCCCCCCCCCCCCCCAGUGGACUAGAUCCUGCUCGGGACUCUAUUUAUUCUGGUAAAAAUAUUUUGCAGAAUGGGCCUCUCUUGGGAGUCUGUGCUCAGAGCCGAGCCAGCCGGGCGCCCAAGCACCACUGUGCUGUGUCCCCUCCCCUUGCCUGCGGAUGACGUCCAGGCGGAGGGCGUGGGAACCUAGGGCCCCUUUAUUUCCUCUUUCUGGCUGGAGGCUUCUCUUCCCUCCCUCCGCAGGGGUGCGGGGGUCUGGCGCUAAGCACAGGGCGCCCUCUGCUGGCAGAACCUCAGAUGGCAGGUGGGCCAACCCACGGCUUGACAGGUGCCCCUGGCCAGCCUGUGCCAGGUGGCUGGCACCUGUGCGGGCAGCCAGGCAGGCAAGGAGCAAGUGUGGGGGGUGGCCAGGGUGACAGAGCUCUCAGCGGUGGUAUCCCGCGGUUACAGGGCCGGGGGUGUGGAGAGCACAGUUAGGGAGGCUGGGGGAUGGCGUCCCAGUUAGCAGCGGGCCACAGGGACAGGAGCCUGCCAGGCAGAGGGGCAGCCAGCAUGCAGGCUGGGACGGCCUGGCGAUCCUGUGGGGAUGCCAUGAACCCGAGAGUAAGGGAAGGUGGGGAGAGGCCAUCACAGGCCCCCGUGUCCCAGGUCUGUGGCAGCCGGGGAGAUGGCCCCACGACUUCUCAUCCCACAGGGGAAUCCAGAAGAGCACAACUCGGGCCUGGGCGAGGCAGUGGGGAGCGCCAAUCAAACCCACGGCGGAGACACCACCACCAGCAGUGCCCCCAGCCGGGCCCACGCCCACCCGAACCGUCCCCUCUCCGAGGACGAUCUCACGGGGGGUGGGGGCGCGUAGGACUGUUCGCAGAUGUGCGGGGACAGGUCCAUCCGCUGAUGUGGCCCCGGAGGCUCACCUGGCACUCUCUGUAGGUGGGGGGCGGCGCCCUCGAUGCCCCCGACAGCUCGAUUCCUGGCUUGCCGUGGCCAGUCCCAACACGGGGCUUGGG